CCAUUCCAACUUCUACACACAUGGAUCCAUUCAAGGGAGAAUUAGCCUAAUGGAAUCAUUAGUGUUACUGUCUUCUACACAGGCAGAACAAUACUGGCAAGUCGUUGGGAUGUUUUGAACCUAAAUCGUAAUAGCUUCAGUAGAAAAUAAGAACAAAAAGAAGGAAAAAAAAGAUAUGAGAGGUAAAGGGUGCUGUCUAUAUUUACCUGCAUGGAUAAUGAAGCUUUGAUGUGCUGUCACGGUCUCCCUGCUGCGUGAAUCAAUGGCUGAGGGGUGAGAAUAAAGAAAUCUUAGCUUGGUUGGCCUGGAUUUUUCUACAGCUGCCACAAGCAGGGAAGGACAUUGCAGGGGACAAGGGACACUGGGAUGAGGCUGGAAUGCUUUUCGGUCCAGCAAGUGUGAUCUGAGUGAGCAGAAUGCAGAGUGCUUCAUUGGACUAUUCAGGCCUCACUUUCCCAUUUAACAAUGACCAGCCUCUGCCACCGGUGAGCAGGACAGCCACCAAUGUGACCGAGUCAACCCCGGCCAAGAAAAUCACCUUCUUCAAGAGGGGAGACCCUCAGUUCAGUGGGGUCAGGAUGGCCAUCCACAAGCGCAGCUUCAAGUGCUUUGACGCGCUGCUUGACGACCUCUCCCACAAAGUGCCACUUCCGUUUGGGGUGCGCACCAUCACCACCCCCCGCGGUACCCACUGCAUCAACAGGCUGGAGCAGCUGGAGGACGGAGGCUGCUAUCUCUGCUCGGACCGUUGGCAGGUCAAGCCCAUCAGUGUGGAGGCUGCUGGGAGGAAGCCGACUCCCUGGCAAAGCAGCCGCCCAGCCAGCAGCCGCAGGCGCCCCUCACGACUGGAGGAGCUCCCAGGGAAACAUGCGGCUCACAGGCACCCCAAGAGGAUUACGCUAGUGAAGAACAGUGACCCAGCAGUGAGGAGGACCAUAAUCCUCAACAAGAUAACUGCCCGCAGCCUGAAGGUCUUUCUGGAGGAGAUAUCUGAACUCCUGCAGUACACCAUUAGGAGGCUCUACACUCAGGAUGGGAGAAAGAUCGACAGCAUCCAGGCUCUUAUGCAGUGCCCCAGUGUUGUGGUUUGUGUUGGCCGGGAACCAUUUAGACCUUUUCUGGCAGAAAGCUUAAGAAAAAAUUCUGAGGAGAAACUUCCAGGACUGGGCGCAAAAUCCUGGACAAGCAUUUGCAGUGAAUCUCACGAAAGCAAGAAGAAUGUCAACUUUGGACUAGAAACAAAGAAAAGCAUCAUCCAUCCAAGGUCUGAUUCAAGCAACAGGUCCAUGAGAUUUUCCUUAUCAUCUGAGAAGUCUUUGCCCAAUAUGUCUCCGAGAAACAGUGGAUGUGCUUCUUAUGAGGACACUUUCCCACAUGCAAAAGAGUCCAUGAUGGAUGAGGACAUAGAAAAGAGAGUGGUUGUAAACAAAGAUGGUAGCCUUUCAGUAGAGAUGAAGGUGCGUUUUCGCUUGCUGAACGACGAGACUCUUCAGUGGUCAACCCAGAUCAAGAAGUCUUCGUUCACAAACAAAGAUUCUUGCUUAGAGAAAGAGGAUGAGAUGGGCCCAAUACAACAAACCAAUUCAGAAGCCUGCUCAGGAGUGCAAGCAUUCUGUCCCUGUGACACAGAGUCUUACUGUCCAAACUGUUGCAAUCACUGCCAGUACGAUAUUUGGAAAAAUCCCAUGCAUGCUGCCCACAGCAGACAAGAAGGCAUUGGUGCCGUAAGGCACAUUACAUCUUCCAGUUCAAGUGCAUCAUCUCACAGAAGAAUCAUCCACAAAAAGUCACCAAUGGACAGUUUCCACACCACAUCUAGUGAAGAGUACACAGAGCAUGUGGUAGAGCAGGCCAUGUGCUACGCAGAGACUGUUGAGGAAGGGGACGCUAGAGCUGAGUACUGCACUCUGAGCCGUUGCUGCAGCCACGGUGAAUCCUGCUCAACUGUCUCACACAAGGCAGCAAGACCAGAAACAUCUUCAGUAAACAGCAAAUGCAUAUCCUGCCCUAGUCCUGUCGAAAAUUGUGAGUCUACUGCUGUCACACCGAUUUCAGACAAUGAGGAAAAAAGACCCACUAGCAUCCCAUCCACUUCUUCCAAAGGAUCAGGAAAUGACACAAUUAGUGUCCAAAUCACUGAAAUUACAGAGGAGGAUGAACGCCCCAAUUCAACAUCAAGUACUUCCUCAAAAGUUUUGGAAGCACUAAAAGAAGAAAACGAUGACAAUGGGGAUGAUAGGCCACCAAGCAGUAUUUCCAGAGAUUCUUCGCAGUCAAAAAACUGUAAGAAAGUCAAAAAUGAAUCAAAAGAUGAGGAGCGAUCCAGAAGUGUGGCUUCUAGUUGUUCCACUACUAGCUGUAAAAAGUCACUUUCCAAUAUGCACCAUUUGUCCCCCAGACCAAUAAGCAAGGCAUCAAGCUCUUCCACUCGCUCUAAUAGGUCAAGAAAGAAAAAAGCAUGUGUAGAUCAAUCUGAUGAUGCCAGAUGCCUUUCAAUUGUCUCCAGUUUGCCGAAUUGCUCUAUUAAGGAGCCAACAGAGGAGGAGGAACAUCAAUCAGCAGGAAGCUCAGACUCCACUUCAUCCAAACUAUCCAAAGCAAGUAAGUCUAGCAAGAUACUUUUCAGUGAAUCUGACAAAGUAACUACACCAAGAUCAUCUGUAUCUGAGACACCUGCUGGCCAAGAAACAGCCCAAGCAGAAGAGGAGAAUGACGAAAGGCCAAUAAGUAAAAAUGUUAGUAUCAAAGCUUCUGGAAAAUCCAAAAAGUCCAACAAGUUCCUCUGCAGUGGAUAUGAAACAGCGACAACACCAGAGUCAUCUGCUUCAGAGGGACCUGCUGGUCAAGAGACGGCACAAGAAGCAGAAGAUGCAAGCAGUGGAAGGCCAGUGAGCAAUAUGUCCGUUAGCACCAGAGGUUCUGGUAAAUCCAAAAAGUCCAACAAAAUGCUUCGCAGUGGAUCUGAAAGAGUGACAACACCAGGGUCAUCCGUUUCAGUGGGAGCUGCUUGCAAGGAAAUGAAGCAAGAUGCAGAAGAUGCAAGCAGUGGAAGGCCAGUGAGCAAUAUGUCCAUUAGUACCAGAACUUCUGGUAAAUCCAAAAAGUCCAACAAAAGGCUUCACAGUGGAUCUGAAAGAGCAACAACACCAGGGUCACCUGCUUCAGAUGGGCCUGCUGGUCAGGAGAUAGCACAAGAGGCAGAAGAUGCAAGCAGCCAAAAGUCCAACAAGUUGCUCUACAGUGAAUCUGAAAGAGAGACAACACCAGGGUCACCUGUUUCAUUGGAAGCUGCUUGCGAGGUGAUGAAGGAAGACGCAGAAAAUGCAAGCUGUGGAAGGCCAAUGAGUGGUAUGUCUGUUACAAAAGCUUCUGGAAAAAGCAAAGUAUGCAAAAUAUGUCAGGAGGAUUGCCGUGAAAAGGCACCAUCUGUUAUUUCUAGCUCAUCGAAAGGGUCAGCCCAUAUGAAAAAAGGAACUUCUUCACACGUUGGAGAUGAUGUGCGACCACCUAGUAAAGAAUCACAUUUUUCUUUAAGUUGCUGUGAACAUGGGAAAGAGGGCUCAAGCAAGUUAUCCAGACUUCAGAAAUCAGAUUCUAAUCACAGUGAACCAUUUUCUGUUAGUGAAACCAAAGAAGUUACUGUAGACCCUGAAGAAAAGGAUGAAAGGCCCUUAAGCGAUGGUUCCAAAAACCAAUCAAAAGAGAGUAAGUGCAGAAAGGCAAAGGCAUCGUCAACAUCUAGUUCAAGACCAGUCUCAACUUUGUCAAGUCAAUCAGGCGCUUCCAAAGCAAAAAUAAAUGAGCUUAAUUUGGAAGAGGAUGAUGAAAGACCACAAAGUAAGAUUUCUAGUGUUUAUUCUUAUUUGCAAGUCAAAUGUAAUGGGAUUAAAUCAACAGACCCCAAAACUGAUGACGAGGGAGCUAACUCUGUCAUGUCUAGAUCAACAAGGUACAGGGGGAAAGGAUCCAAGAAACACAUGGAAGAGGAAGACUCAAGUAGAAUCUCAGCUCCUUUGUCUGUUUCGUCACAAAGUUUGCAUUCUCCUUGCCCACCAAAAGGGAAACCUUCUAAGAAAAAUGUGAGGCCAAAAGUAUUACUGGGUUCCUCAGAAGGAAGUGUUGCCACAGAAUCCGUCUCAGCUGCUGAGCUAUUGAGAGAAAAUGCUGGGAACUCUCGACCAGCAACAACAGAAUCAGUUUCAGAGAAAUUAGAAUGCAGCAGAAAUAACAAAGGGUGUAAAAACAAAAAAAGCAAAAUUUUAAAAAAGAACAAAGAGGAGGACUCUGAACAAAUAUUAGAUGCUAAAGAAUUAGUCCCCUCUGCAUUACCAAAUGCAACUCCAACAGAGGUUGUCCAUGAAUGGCUGAGAAAGAUUCCAGCCGACACUUCCAUGUAUGAGUUAGGUGAUGAUUUCCAGGAAGAAUGCGAAGAACCAGUAAUAACACAACAUCAAGGUCAAAUUAGUACAGAGCCAACUUUGGCAACAUCAGCUGCCAAAGAAGUGAUCCCUGAAGAAGAGGAACCAAAGAAAGAACUAGAAAUGGAUGAAGAAAAAUUUGAAGUAAAGAAUACACAGGAUGGAGAAAAUGUUGAUGUUGAGCAAUGUGCAGAAGAGCACACAAAGACAGUCCAAGCAACUGCCAAUGAACCUCUUUCCAGUGCAGUUCCUACUUUCCCCAAUAAAGAAGCCUUACCAAACAGCUUGCAAACUUCAGUGCAGGUAAUGAAGGUAUUGCUGAAUCCCAGUCAAGGAACCAAGCUAGAUAGAUGCAACAGCUUGCCUGAGGUAUCGGCAACUUAUGGAAGAAAACUUAGCAAUUCAGCCAAAGAAUUACUGAACUGCUUUGUAAAUCUUCAGUUGAGUGAAAAGCCUGUACACUCAGAAGCCAAAGCAAGCAGUGCAAGAUACAAAGAACUCAUGAACAUACUUCAGUCACUCUGGUUUGGUGGUACUUCUGAAGAUGGUCAACAGACGAAACUAGAAAAGACAUUUAAAGACCAUCAAUCCACAGAUGAUGAAUUCAACCCUAGGUCCUCCUCGGGGGUGGAUGUUAGUAGUGGUUCUGCAGGCUCUGGAAAGAGCAGCAUUACUGGUGGAGUGGAAGUUAUUCAAUCACAGAGAAAAGCUGCAUUACCUAUAACACAAAUGAAUGCGGAGGGGAGUGUAACACCAACUAGACAUGAUUCAUUGCAUAGACUGCUGGAGGAAAAUAAAAUUAAUGAAGAUGAUCAGCACUCAGGACACUCCACACCCAAGUCAAAGCUAAACGCAAGGUGGGCAGCAGUAUUUUCUAACUCUGCCACUCCAGACAUAGCAAGUCGGGUUCAGUGGAGCCAUGAAAGUGAGGGCACAGGCUCUGAAGAAGACAAAGAGCAGAAACACAUUGGUGAAGAGGACACUGAGAGCGGUGAAACAGCUGAAAUUACUAAGGAAGAAAAAGAAGAACCAAAUAAGAAUGAGGAUGAAAGCAGAAGUGUAAAGUCACCACAGGAAACAGAAACACAUAUCCAAGAAGAGGAGACAAGUAUAAGUGAGAAGGGAGCCAUAUCAACAAAAGGAAAUUCUUCAGAUCCAGAUCCAGUUUGGGUGUUAAAUUUACUUAAGAAACUAGAGAAACAGUUCAUGACACAUUAUAUGAAUGCAGUGUCAGACUUCAAGGUCAAGUGGAAUUUAGACAGCAGUGAACAGCUUGAUAUAAUGAUAAAUGACCUGAAAGAAGAGGUUCACACGAGAAUUCAAACAACCAUUAAUAGAGAGCUCAAGAAGAUCCAAGGAAGGGCUGGCAGGAUCCCACACCCUCCUGGAAACACAAUUACACGGGAGUCAACAGCAAGAACUGAACAAAGGAGACGACGAUGGAAGGUCAUGAACAGACGAUCAGUCGAAGGAUCCAUUGAAAGAAGUGAUAAGAAUUACACUUUCAGUGGUACAGAGUUUAGUGAACAACGCAGUGAAGAUGAAUACUGCCCUUGUGACACCUGUAUGAAGAAGAAAAUGAUUGCCAGGCCAGCACAGCCUGUUGUUUCAACAAGUGUUUACAUUCGGAAGGAGUAUGAUUUGAGGCAAAUUCUUUGUAUGAGGAAGAAUAAGCCUGUGGAACAGUUUGAGCAGGAAAACAAAAUGGGUGGAAACGAGGAGAGCUGUACUGCUGAGACAGAUAAUGGGUGUGCAGAGGAGCAAGAAGAAAUGGAAAAUGCGGAUAAUGAAGAAAACCAAGAGGUUGCAGAAGAGGAAAUCCAAGAAGAGAACAGUGAGGCUGGGAAAGAAGAAGGAGAGUCUGAAGAGACUGCUGAGAAUGAUAGUGAUGAGGCCCAAGCAGAGGAUGAAGAUGAUGAGGCAGACAAACUAGAGGUUGAUGAGGAGGAAAAGCAAGAAGAGAAUAGUGAGGCUGGAAACGAAGAAGGAGGGGCUGAAGAGACUGCUGAGAAUGAUGGUGAUGAGGCCCAAGCAGAGGAAGAAGAUGAUGAGGCAGAAAAACUAGAGGUUGCUGAGGAGGAAAAGCAAGAAGAGAACAGUGAGGCUGGGAACGAAGAAGGAGGGGCUGAAGAGACUGGUGAGGCCCAAGCAGAGGAAGAAGAUGAUGAGGCAGAACAACUAGAGGUUGUUGAGGAGGAAAAGCAAGAAGAGAACAGUGAAGCUGGGAAUGAAGAAGGAGAGGCUGAAGAGACUGCUGAGAAUGAUAGUGAUGAGGCCCAAGCAGAGGAAGAAGAUGAUGAGGCAGACAAACUAGAGGUUGAUGAGGAGGAAAAGCAAGAAGAGAAUAGUGAGGCUGGGAACGAAGAAGGAGAGGCUGAAGAGACUGCUGAGAAUGAUGGUGAUGAGGCCCAAGCAGAGGAAGAAGAUGAUGAUGCAGAAAAACUAGAGGUUGCUGAGGAGGAAAAGCAAGAAGAGAACAGUGAGGCUGGGAACGAAGAAAGAGGGGCUGAAGAGACUGCUGAGAAUGAUGGUGAUGAGGCCCACGCAGAGGAAGAAGAUGAUGAGGCAGAAAAACUAGAGGUUGCUGAGGCGGAGAAGCAAGAAGAGAACAGUGAGGCUGGGAACGAAGAAGGAGAGGCUGAAGAUACUGCUGAGAAUGAUGAUGAUGAGGCCCAAGCAGAGGAACAAGAUGAGGCAGAAAAACUAGAGUUUGCUGAGGAGGAAAGUCAAGAGGAAAUAGAUGGGGAUCUUGAAAAACAGGUUGUUGAAGAAGAGGCAGUUGAAGAAAGUGAGCAAAUGGAUAAAGAAUCAUCAGCAGAAAAUGGUUCUAAUGAAGUAGAAUUAGAAGAAGAAACUGAAGUAACAGAUAUAAAAGAUAAUGAAGAAGCUCUGGCUAAAGAAGAUGAGGAUGCAGUAGAUGAAGAAAAACAUGAUUUGGAAAAUUAUGUUGGUGGAGAUGAAGAAGCAACAGCUGAAGUAAAUGAUGAAAAGCACAAUGGAGACAAAAAAGAUUGUGAAGCAGAUGCAGAAAACCAAGAGACUGAGGAGGAAAUCCAAGAAGAUACUGUUGAAAAAGGACAAGAAACUGAAGAAAACAAGGAGACACAGGAAAAUGAAGGUCAAGCCGAUGAAGGUGGUGAUGUAGAUGCUGAGGAUUCAGAUGAGACUGAAGUUCAACAUGAUAAUAAUGAGGAGGCUGCAUACAAGGAUGAAGAGGUGGAGGAUAAAGAUGAGAAAGAAGAGGAGCAGGAAGACAAAAAUGAGGAGGAAAAAGUUCAAGUCACUGAUCAAGCAGAACCUGGUGAGCAGGCAGAAGUUUAUGAUGAGGGAAAUGUAGCAUCAGAAAAAGAAAAUGCUGUGACAAAGGAAUGUGACCAGCAGCAACAGGAAGAUGAGACUCAAGGCACUGGAGAAGACAAUGAAAUUGAAGACAAUCCACAAAAUGAGAAUAAAGAGUCUCAGGAGAGUGAGGAAGAAGAGGCUUUUGAAAAAAUUCCCAGUGAAGUUCAUAAAAGCAGUGAAGAAAAUGAAGACAACAGCGCUGAAGAGGAAGAAGAGAACACAGACACAGAAGGAAAUGAGACAAGUCAGGAUAAAGAAACUGUUGUGAAAAAAAGCCUAUUUAAUCAGAUGACAAAAUCAUCCAUUGAAUUCCAACAAGGAUCUAUGGAGAAAUCCAUUGAUAAGGGAAUAGUUAGGGAUAAUAAGAACGAAAAUACUACCAGCAGAAGCUCAGGGAGUUCAGGUGCCAAGCAGUAUGCUGAGUCAUCCUCAGAAGAGGAGGAAAGGGAAUCUGGAUGUGAUAGCCCUGAAGGGAACCAAAACAAUGCAGCUUCUGAUAGUGAAAAAGAAGAGAAGACAGUGACUUCUGAUAAAAACAAAUCUACCAACACAGAAAAGCCAAAAGAAAGUGACAUUGAUCAAGAUGAGUUUGACUUUUAAGAAGAAAAAAGAACAGUUAAUGUUACAAGAUAUGGUUACAUUAAGCACUUUGUAUUUCCAAUGUUUAUGUGAAGUAAAUUUGUACAUAGAAAUUUGGAAAAUGUUGUAUGUAUAUCGCAGGGUUAAAUGUUUUUACACUUUUCAGUGUGUGUAUAAAACAAGAGAUAAUGGCAAUGUUAACAGAACACUUUUUUUCUAAUAAGUUGAUUUUAAAGAAUUUGUCUAAUGCCAUCUUUGGACUGGAAAUAGACAUUUUAUUACAUUUGAUAAGCCUUAGUCAUUGUGAAUCAGAGUUGCAGUCAGAUAAAGUCCAACAUUUUUGGCAACAGUCAUAAAGCAUUAGUCUAGUAUGGCUUUUAUAGUACUGCCCUGCGUUUGGUACCACUUCUAUUAAAGACAGUGACUCGUACAUGAAAGACAUAUAGCAUGGAAGAUUUAAAAUGUGUAAUAUCUGCAGUGAGAACCUUGCUGCAUCAUUAUAAUCAUUUCUUAUCAUUACUAAUACUAUGAUGGACUUGUGUGUGUGUAUAGUGAACUUUAUAUUACAGUAUUACAAAACCUAUACCAUUAUUGUAAAAACUGUAUUUAUAUAACUGUAGGUUUGUAUUUUAAUAACCUAAUAGGUUGAACAUAUAUUUUAAUCUACAAUUAGUAAAUAAAUUAUGUGGAAAGUAUGUGCAAUACUGUAGCAAAGCGUUUCAAAAUAAUGCGCAAAUGCUCAUUAAUGUAUUAGUGUAUUUAUUCCUGUACGUAUUUGCCAGCAUUUAAAUUGAUUAAGUAUUGAAACAACAACAACAUUUAAUUGAAGCAUUUACUUUUUCCCAUAUCAGAGAGAGAGAGAGAGAGAGAGAGAGAGAGAGAGAGAGAGCGAGAGAGAGAGAGAGAUUGAUUUGGUAUAAACUGCAUGAUGUAUUCUAGGUGUAAAUUUCUAAUGUAUCCGAUCACCUCACUGUAAGGCGUUUCAUAAUAUGUAAAAGCUAUGCCUGAGCUUCAUAGAAACUUGCACCUUUGUAAAAUACAAAAAAUGGUUUGGUUCAAAAUAAUAUGUUACAGUUAAGUGAGUAAGGAACAAGCUCUUAUUAAUAGGACUUUCUGUAGGAAUUAUACCUGUUUCUUAUAUAAUUUGCUAUUGCUAUAAGAUUUAUAAUUUUACUCGCGAUAAACUAAAAUGUUAUGCUAUUAUAUAAGACUGUAUGCAAAACUAUAGAAAUCUUAAAGGAUUUUAUUUCCUUUGGACUUUCCAUUUAGGAUCAAUAAGAAACCAAUAUAAUAUAUGUAAAAAUUGUGAAUUUUAUAUAAUGAGUUAUAUAUACCCCCAAAAGGUUCUACACAGAACUAUUAGGGUCAUGUGAUUUUGAAGAUGAAUUUUGUCAACUACACUGGUAAUGGUCUUCUAUUUGCUACAGUAUAUAAUAUGAAUGAGGUCAAAUAUAACCCCAGCAAGUGCAAGCUAAUGUAGAACAGGUCCCCUGUUUUCUCAAGUAAAAAGGUUGGAUUUGUUUGUCAUGGAAAAAUAAAAUAAAAUAAAAAUAAAUAAAUAAAUAAAAUAUAUAUAUAUAUAUAUGAUUUGAAUUAAAGCGACAGUUAUAUUAAAAGGAUGCUGUAACAAAGGUGUAAAAGCCAAGACUUGUAGGGUUGUGGCAAGAUAUUUAAAGAGAGACUUGUCAUAAUCUUCAGGAGGUAUGCCACAUUUUAAGCAACAGCUUCAAUAUGUCUUCUCAAAACUCAAAAGAGCAGACAGGUGUAACCAAGCUUUAAAAAAUAAUUCUUGCCUGUCAUUAGCACAACUUUUAUCGCAUAUCCCUUAUCAUUUUGCUGCCCAGACAUAUUGUUUGAGUGGAAACAUAUAUGUUUUCCAGUUUCUGUCAUUUGGCCACUGUAGCAUAUCUGUUGCUUGUCACAAUACCCUGCACACAUCUGCGGGUUCAAUCUGCCAUGCCCCGCUUGUGGUGGUUGCCUUUCCUGAGACAUCCUGUCUUUGCAUAUAUAUGUGUUUUUGAAGGUGACUGUUACAACUUCACUGUGCAUAACAGACUGCUCGAUCUUUGGUUUUGCAGUAUUAAAUAACAAAAAAAACAGACUGUCUACAUUUAUUGUUUCCAAAAUAUAAUUACUUGUGAAGUACUGUUCAUUUUUAAUCAAAUCGCCUAUAAUGUUGUGAGCGCCUUGAUCCAAAAUACUGAUGUUAAUGUUCUAUUUGGAGCAUGGAAUUGUUAUUACAUUCUUGUGUCAUCCCAUCUGCACACAGGACUUGUAGUUUGUACCCUCACCCUCUUUCACUUAUGUAACAACCAACAGCCCAACGUUGGUCCAAUAAACUAAUACAAUUAAUAUAUGCUAAAUGUAUAAUGUGAUAUCUUGUAACAAUUGUAAGUCGCCCUGGAUAAGGGUGUCUGCUAAGAAAUAAAUAAUAAUAAUAAUACUAAUAAUAAUAAUAAUAAUAAUAAUAAUAAUAAUAAUAAUAAUAAUAAUAAUAAUAUGCUUGAUUUCAUCAUUUUUGUAAUUAAAGGUGCAUUAGACUUUCUUAUUCUUAUAUCUUACUAGCAUUAGAAAGGUUUUCACUGGUUGGUUUUCAUAUUUAUGGUUUACUUAUAUAGCAUCUUAUUAUUAGCAAAGCAAUUCAAAAUUAGGGUUACAUUUUUCCAACCCAUUUAUUAUGAUUCAUGUUUUAUGCACAUGUUUAAAUAAAAAUAUGUCCUUUUAUUAGAAAAUGUCUGUCUGCAACAUUUUGGAUCUAAAUAAAACCGAAGAGUAAGUAAUGGAUCUGUUACUCCAAUACUGAGUAAUUAUAUUUUUUCUCUAAAUCUGCCUUUAUGAAAUUAAUCUUGAGUUUGUCCGGAGA